UCGAGAUGUGAGGAACUGAAAACAGUUUCUCGCGCGGAUGGUAAAGACACCGCGUAUCCAAUUGUGUAACAAACAUACAAACGUUUCCGUGUGUGCAUUUGCUCGGUAAUGUCGGCUGCAACAUCUGUGCAAACGGAUCGGGCUAUUGGCAUAUGCUGUCGUCUCGUGAAAAGGUGUAGCUGUCUCCAUGGCGACCAGCGUGGUUCCCGGGGACAACCUGCCCACGUAUAAACUGGUGGUGGUCGGUGACGGAGGUGUUGGAAAAAGCGCUCUCACCAUUCAGUUCUUUCAGAAGAUCUUCGUUCCCGAUUACGAUCCCACCAUUGAGGACUCGUACCUCAAACACACCGAGAUCGAUGGACAGUGGGCUAUUCUGGACGUUUUAGACACAGCGGGACAGGAAGAGUUCAGUGCCAUGAGAGAGCAGUACAUGAGGACAGGAGACGGGUUUCUCAUCGUCUUCUCAGUGACUGAUAAAGCCAGUUUUGAACACGUCGACCGUUUCCAUCAGCUUAUUCUGAGAGUGAAAGACAGGGAAUCUUUUCCAAUGGUCCUGGUGGCGAAUAAAGUCGACCUGGUGCAUUUGCGCAAGAUAACCAGCGAACAGGGUCGAGAAAUGGCCUCCAAACACAGUAUCACGUAUAUCGAAACAAGUGCAAAGGAUCCGCCCAUGAAUGUAGACAAAACGUUUCACGAGCUUGUAAGAGUGAUACGUCAGCAGAUUCCAGAGCGGGGUCUGAAGAAAAAGAGAAAGGCCAAAUGGCGGGCGGACAGACCCUCGGGUUCCCAGAGGCUGCACUGUGUUGUACUGUGACCGCACCUCUCUAUCUCUGGGCGUCAGUGCCGCGAUGAUGAUCCCGUGACUCGGACUGUUAAAACACACACAUACACACAACACACACACAGUGUUAUGAUGAUAUCCAGGAAAUAGGGAACAUAGUUUGAAGAUUCCCAUUUGUCUGACGAUUCCAGGCAUUUGGUUGCAUUUUCGUAGCGGGCGACAGGUUUCUAGCGCUGUUCACUCACGUAACCUCUCAGAGAACAAUUUAAAAACAUCCCUUCUGAGGCCUUGUUUUCUAUUGUGUUUGUAUAUUUAUUGUGCUGAAUUCUAUAUUGUCAUGUGUUUGUUAAGACAGCACUAAGUCCUGUUCUGGGAAUAGUCGUUCUUACUGAUCAGAAAUCAAGUUGCAAAUAUAGAUAAGGUCAGCAAGGGAAGGACCGCCCACCUGGAGGGGAAACAAAUGUUGGUUACCUUAGUUACCCAUUUUAACGCAAUUUUAGAUGCAUUUCAGAUACGCUGAAUGUUUUAUUUAAAUUGUUGGAAAAUGACCGCAGUGCCAAAAAUAAUGUACAUUUACAUGUUUUCUUUUAGCAGAUGGUUUUAUUCAAAGUGACUUGUGUCACUAAAUUUGGGAUGUUUUUAAAACUCAUUUUUAUUCAAUUUAUCGAUUUUAUUCGAUUUAUUUUAUAUAAUUUCCCAGCUUUAAUGAUGUGGUUUAACCAGAAUUUGUCCCACCCCUGACACACCCACACUAAGCCACACCCCCCCGUACGUGACACGUUGCCAAACAUAUCUACAAAACUCAAAGAAUGCUGUUCCUGGGUCAGCUUUCUCACAAUAUAAUGUUAUUAAUCAGGAUCUAAAUCAGCUGAUUGUAGAUCAGUUUUGUUCAGUAAAUGCCUGAUCUUUCUUAAGUUGCCAUAAAACUGAGUAAAUCAGUGAUUGCACAAAAACGUGUAACGUUACGCAUUGUUACGUCAUGAGAACAUUAUGACCUCGUGGUGACGUCAUAACGUUCCAGAAGAGUUUCGCUUUCAUUACAGUCGUUUAUCGCUUGAACGCAUUGUCACUUUACUUUGAGCGUGUUUUGAAGUUCUCAUCGAUGUUUUGAAUGUAACGUCUGUCGUUCUACACGCCUAUUUCUCGGUUUUGCUUUGAGAUUUCAAAAGUCCAGCUUUGGUGUUUAGCUUAAAGGAAUAUCGUCCAAGUAGCCCGUGGUUUGUUUCGUGAUCGUAUUCAGCUCUUGUUUCGGCUACUUGUUAUUUUUAUCUUACGACAGCAAAUCUUGUUUGUUUUUAGACUGGAAAUGAUCAUUUUCAACUUGGUGCAAUUUUCGUGGCUCAGUUAUUUGCUACUGUUGUUUUGUUUCCUUACUUUUUAAAAAAAAGUAAUUUAAUAUACAGAUUCUAUGUAUUAUGUGAUCAUGUUUGUAUGAAGAUCGUUAUGACCAAUAGAGGCCAAAACAGCUCUUAAAAGAAGGGAAUUUUUACAUCAGGAAUAUUGUAAGAAUUUGUAAAGUGGAAUGUAAGCAUAUUAUAAUAAAUAAUGAAUAAAUUCAGAAA